AUGAUCGAUCUGAAUUUGGGAGACGACCUGAGUAUGAGGUUCGAUAUCAAGGACUCGAUGAGACGGCCGACGAUCGAUGGUCAAGUGUUUUACAUCGAGAUGAUGGACAAGCUGGCUGACGAGCUAUUGGAGGAGCUAGUUGUCGAAGAUCACCUGCAGACAGCUCUGACUAAGAGGGGUGAAGACGGAUACCUCCACGAAGACACCGGCUGUUAUGAGAAGUUGCUGGACUCUCACAAAGCAGUGAAAGGAGCAGAAGUGUUCGAGGAGAUGGUUGGAUCGAGUGCAGCUAUCAUGGCAAUGGAGACGACAGAUCCAGUUCAUGCUCAACCACAGAGCUCGAUCGAGCCCGCACACUCCAGAGCAGAGACUGGUCCGAGCUCAAAGCUCCCAAGGUCGACCUCAAACCCUUACCGAAAGGGCUCAGGAAUUUCACCCACUCUGUGCACACAUAGGAUUCACCUUGAAAACGAAUCGAUCUCUAGCAUUGAACCACAGAGGAGAUUGAAUCCUAACUUGAAAGAAGUAGUUAAAAAGGAGAUUCUUAAACUGCUUGACGCUGGUGUGAUCUAUCCUAUCUCUGAUAGUACUUGGGUCUCACCAGUGCACUGUGUUCCUAAGAAAGGUGGCAUGACUGUGAUUAAGAAUGAUAAGGAUGAAUUGAUACCAACUCGAACUAUAACAGGACAUAGGAUGUGCAUAGAUUACAGGAAAUUGAAUGCUGCAUCUAGGAAAGAUCACUUCCCAUUGCCAUUCAUUGAUCAAAUGCUUGAAAGAUUAGCUAAUCAUCAUUACUACUGUUUUCUUGAUGGUUAUUCUGGGUUCUUUCAAAUCCCAAUUCAUCCUAAUGAUCAAGAAAAAAUCACCUUCACUUGCCCUUAUGGAACAUUUGCAUAUAAGAGGAUGCCUUUUGGUCUUUGCAAUGCACCUGCUACUUUUCAGAGGUGUAUGACCUCUAUAUUUUCGGAUCUGAUCGAGGAGAUGGUGGAAGUCUUCAUGGACGAUUUCUCAGUCUAUGGCUCCUCCUUCUCCUCAUGUUUGUUUAACUUGUGCAGGGUGCUAUCUAGGUGUGAAGAGACCAAUCUGGUGCUGAACUGGGAGAAGUGUCACUUCAUGGUCAAGGAAGGGAUAGUGCUGGGUCACAAGAUAUCUGCGAAUGGGAUCGAGGUCAUGAUGCAGCUACAGCCGCCUAAGACGGUCAAGGAUAUCAGAAGCUUCCUCGGUCACGCUGGAUUUUACAGGAGGUUUAUCAAAGACUUCUCAAAGAUCGCGCGACCUCUGACCAGAUUGUUGUGCAAGGAGGUCGAGUUCGCUUUCGACGCUGACUGUUUGGAAGCGUUCGAGCUCAUCAAGGAGGCCCUCGUCUCUGCACCGGUCGUUCAAGCUCCUGACUGGGAUCACCCGUUUGAGAUCAUGACCUUGGAUGACGCUCAGAGCCGAUAUGCGACAACAGAGAAAGAGCUCCUCGCAGUAGUGUUUGCGUUCGAGAAAUUCAGGAGCUACUUGGUUGGAUCUAAAGUGAUCGUUCACACCGAUCACGCUGCUUUGAGAUAUUUGAUGGCGAAGAAGGAUGCCAAACCGAGGCUGCUGCGCUGGAUCUUGCUGUUACAGGAGUUCGAUCUCGAGAUCAAAGAUAAGAAAGGAGUUGACAACGGUGUGGCGGAUCACCUGAGCCGGAUGAGAGUGGAAGAUCUAGUGCCGUUAGACGACUCGAUGCCUGAAGAACAAUUGAUGUCAGUCAGGGUCCUCGAAGCAGUUGAGCUCGAUCGAGUCUGUUCAUUAAACGACGAGAAGUUCCCCUGGUACGUUGACAUUGUGAACUAUCUGGUGCACAAGCAAAUUCCGAAGGAUCUGGACGCAUACAAGAGGAAGAAGCUACUCAGGGAUGCUUCACUGUACUUCAGGGAUGAACCGUAUCUGUACAAGAGGGGAUCUGAUGGUUUGUUCAGGCGAUGCAUCGCAGAGGAGGAAGUCAGCGGAGUUCUAGAGCACUUCCACGGUUCUACCUACGGCGGUCACUUCGCGGUAUUCAAGACAGCGCAGAAAGUUCUCCAAUCUGGGCUCUGGUGGCCGAAUCUAUUUAAGGAUGCACACAGCUUCAUCUCCAAGUGUGAUCCUUGUCAGAGAAUGGGCAAUAUCUCCAGGAGAAACGAGAUGCCACAGAACCCGAUUUUGGAAGUCGAAGUCUUCGACGUUUGGGGGAUCGAUUUCAUGGGACCAUUCGACCCGUCAUCUCACGGGAACCGCUACAUUCUGGUUGCGGUCGAUUACGUGUCCAAGUGGGUUGAAGCGAUCGCGUGCCCUGCCAACGAUCACAAGCCAGUGCUCAAGCUGUUCAAAUCCGUCAUCUUUCCUAGAUACGGAAUCCCGAGAGUUGUGAUUAGCGACGGGGGGAGCCACUUCAUCAACAAGAUCUUUGCUGGUCUUCUGAAGAAGUAUGGAGUGAAACAUAAGGUGGCAACGCCGUAUCACCCCCAGACAUCAGGACAGGUCGAAGUGUCCAACAAACAGAUCAAGGCGAUCUUACACAAAGUUGUCAGCAGCUCGACCAGAGACUGGGCGAUCAAGCUCGAUGACUCACUAUGGGCAUAUAGGACGGCUUUCAAGACGCCUAUUGGGAGGACACCAUUUCAGUUGUUGUACGGAAAGUCGUGCCACCUCCCUGUUGAAGUGGAGUACAGAGCCCUCUGGGCGACGAAGCUGCUGAAUUUUGAUCUCAAGACCUCCCAGGAGAAGAGAGAGCUCGAGGAGAUAAGGUUGGAUGCCUACGAAAGUUCUAAGAUCUACAAGGAGAGAACCAAGGCAUUCCACGACAAAAAGAUCAUUCGAAAGGACUUGAAGGAAGGCGAUCGAGUGCUGCUGUUUAACUCUCGCCUAAAGCUGUUUCCUGGGAAACUGAAGUCGAGGUGGUCUGGACCCUUCAAUGUCAAAGAGGUAUCACCUUUUGGGGCGGUCACUCUGUUCAACAAGGAAAGGACCCCAUUCACAGUCAACGGGCAAAGGGUUAAGCUCCAUCUUGGAGACUACGCAAUCCCAGAGGGGACAUCGAUUCCUCUCGCUGAGCCACCCCAAGCCUGA